AUGGCUUUGAAAGAAGACCAAGAAUAUGUCUUAGACAUUACUGAUCUAUUAGCAAACCAGCAUACUGCUAUGUUUCUCAAAGAGCAGCUGCCUGAAUCGUUAAAAAAAAAGACUAAAGUGAACAAUCAAGUUUCACUUAUAGAUGAUAUAAAUACUACAGAUACUAGCAAUAAUCUUUUUUUUGAUGAAGAACUUUCUGAUAUAGAAGAGUUGCAAAUUGAAAUUGAACCAAUUGAUACCGAAAUGAAUGAUAACAACUUGGUAAUAGAAAAAUUCUUCAAUCUUGAAGCUUAUAAACAAAAACAAGAAAUAAGUGAAGAGAGCCUAUCUAUUCACCACCAAAGGUCUACUUGUAUUAAUGAGAAUUGGUCAAUUGAUGACUCUUCAAAACCUAAAUUAAUAUUAGAAAAUUUUUCUUUAAGAUACAUCU